UUGGUCGAUACGAAAAGGCUAACUUUUCAAUGCCGGCAACUGACAGUGCGUAAGGACAAUGGAGGAGGUUUUAUGUCCUGUGCACGGCAGCGUGUGCAUGUUGAAGACGGGUCUCCGAGAAGGACCCAGCCAGGGAAGAAGCUUCUACGUCUGUGUGGACAAGCAGGGCUGCGACUUCAGUCACGUGGCACGAAUCCCCCCGUCCCACUGCCUCCUCCAUGAAGACUCCAUGGUGGAGCUCCAAGCGCUCGCCUCCAGCCGGCAGCAGCAGAGCCACAGGUUGUUCUUCAGGUGCAUUGUGGGUAAAAAAGCAGGCCAGAAGUGGUGUGGAAACGUGCCUUGGAAACCCGAGAAGGAGAAGAGGAACCCUCUGUCCGACACGCGGCCCCAGAGGAACCAGAGAAACCCCUUCAGGGCCCCCGGCAAGUCGGACAGCGACUCUGAGGGGAGGAGGCAGCGCGGUGGGGGGGGGGAGGCGGGGCCAGAGGCCGCAGGAGGAGAACGCCACCAGAAGGAAAACGUGGAGGAGGCGGUGCACUCUCACCGAGGAAAACCUCUUCCCCCGGGGAUGAAGAUGAAGAAGAGAGUUUCAGAUGAGGAGGAGAACCGGCUCGCGGCUGGCAGUGGGGGGGUGCUGAUGGAGAACCAGACUGAGGAGGACCAGACUGAGGAGGACCAGACUGAGGAGGACCAGACUGAGGAGGACCAGACUGAGGAGGACCAGACUGAGGAGAACCAGACUGAGGAGGAGGUUUCUACCUCCAGUGGUAAGGCUGAUCCGGCCUCCUGGCGUCCUCCCAAGGCCUUGCCUCCCCCCCAGGAGGAGGAGGAGGAGGAGGAGGAGGACGUGGUGGUGGUGUCGGUGAAACCUGCCACUCAGAAGACUCCUCCUGUUGCGGCCGUCCAGAAGACGCUGACGGCCUUCGCCGGGUUCCAGCCGGCGUGUAAGGUCAAAGGUCAGCCGGCCGACCCCAGAGAGCUGCAGGGCCGGCUCUCGGCUCAGCUGCAGCAGAAGAAGGCCACUCUGUCUGUGGUGAACGUGGCCGCUCUGCCAGACCACGGGGAGCGUUUGAGGUCUCAGGUGAAGGAGCUGGAGGAGGCGCUGGAGGCUCUGCUCCUCUCUGCUCCUCCUGUUCACAGGGACACGCCCACUCCCCCUGGGCCUGCGGGUGGAGGCGGUCGGGGGGGCCUCCAUGUGCACCGCUCCAUCCUGCUGCCCUUCCCCCCACCUCCCAGCAGCUCCCAGGGGCUCCGGAUGGGCUCCAGCCAGAUGGGUGGAGGCUCACAGGUCCAGGCCUUCUACGGCGGCCGGAUGACGGAGAACCGUCUGCUGGCCGUGAAGAACGCAACCUGUGAGACCAUCGACCAUCUGCACCAAUCACAGGAGUCCUGCCCCGCCCCCGAGGACGAGGCUCCAGACCCCAACGGCAUCAAGGUGGUGCUCCUGGCCCAUCAGAGGAGUGCUCUGGCCUGGCUGCUCUGGAGAGAGAACCAGAACCCCUGUGGAGGAAUUCUGGCAGACGACAUGGGUCUGGGCAAGACCCUGACCGUCAUCGCCCUCAUGCUGGCCCAGAAGACCAAGGAGGAGGAGGAGCAGAAGAAGAAGGAGAAGGAGGAGAGCUGGAUCUCCAAAGCCGACCGCAGCCUGGUGGUCUCCAGGGGAACCCUGGUGGUCUGCCCCGCCUCCCUGGUGCACCACUGGAAGAGGGAGGUGGAGCGGCACGUGAAGACGGGCAGGCUGACGGUGUACCUGUACCACGGCUCCACCCGGGAGAGGAGGGCCCGAGUGCUGGCUGACCAUGACAUGGUGGUGACCACAUACGGUCUGGUCUCCAAGGAGGUUCCGGUCCAGAAGGAGGACUCUGAGAACCCCAGCAGAGGUUCUGAUGAAGUGCCCUCACGCUCGGGCCCUCUGCUCCAAGUGAGCUGGGCCCGGCUGGUCCUGGACGAGGCCCACAACAUCAAGAACCCCAAGGUGCAGACCUCCAUGGCGGUCUGUCGGCUGAGGGCCGGGGCCCGCUGGGCGGUGACCGGCACGCCGAUCCAGAACAACCUGCUGGACAUGUACUCGCUGCUCAAGUUCCUGCGCUGCUCUCCGUUUGACGAGUACAAGGUGUGGAAGGACCAGGUGGACAACGGCUCCCCCCGAGGCCGAGAGAGACUCAACAUCCUGACCCGGACUCUGCUGCUGCGGAGGACCAAGAGCCAGAGGGACUCCAGAGGACGCCCGCUGGUGCUGCUUCCUGAUCGGACCUGUGAGGUGCAUCAACUCAAACUGUCCCCGGACGAACAGGCGGUCUACGAUGUGGUCUUCGCCCAGUCCAGAUCGACUCUUCAGAACUACCUGAAGAGACAUGAAGGGAAGGAGGUGAAGAAGGAGGUGAAGAAGACCUCUGGUUCCAACCCCUUUGCCGAAGUGGCCCAGGAGUUCGGGAUGUCUCUGCCUGAGGGGGCCGGGUCCAGUGCCGGGUCCAGUUCCCAGCAGGCGUCCAGCACCGUCCACAUCCUGUCACUGCUGCUGCGUCUGAGGCAGUGCUGCUGCCACCUGUCACUGCUCAAGAAGACUCUGGACUCCUCUGAGCUGCAGGGUGACGGCAUCGUCUUGUCUCUGGAGGAGCAGCUCAACGCUCUGUCCCUCUCCUCCUCCUCCUCCUCCUCCUCCUCCUCCUCCGUGGACACGGUGGCCCUUAAUGGCACCCCCUUCCCCUCCCAGCUGUUUGAGGACAGCAGUGAGAGCACCAAGGUCGCUGCUGUGCUGCGUGAGCUGAGGAGCAUCCAGAGGACGGCUGCUGACCACAAGAGCGUGGUGGUCUCCCAGUGGACCAGCAUGCUCCGCAUCGUGGCGGUCCACCUGCGCCGCCUGGGCCUCAGGUACGCCGUCAUCGACGGGGCCGUGGCCCCCAAGCGCCGCAUGGACCUGGUGGAGGCCUUCAACAGCGACGCCCACGGGCCGCAGGUGAUGCUGGUGUCUCUGUGUGCCGGGGGGGUGGGCCUGAACCUCAUCGGGGGGAACCACCUCUUCCUCAUGGACAUGCACUGGAACCCAGCCCUGGAGGAUCAGGCCUGUGACCGGAUCUACCGAGUAGGACAGAGCAAAGACGUUACCAUCCACAGGUUCGUGUGUGGCGGGACGGUGGAGGAGAAGAUCUCCUCUCUGCAGGAGAGGAAGAAGCAGCUGGCCCACAACGUGCUGUCAGGGUCGGGCGGCGCCGUGGCCAAGCUGUCCCUGGCCGACCUCCGGGUCAUCUUUGGGGUCUGAGACGAGUUCAGGGUCUGGACCGUAGUGUGUAAGACCUGUAUCUGUGGCCUUUCUUUAAAGCGGUCUUCAGAGACCUUUGUUUACAUGUGUAGUUGUUGUUCAAUAAAGCAGCUGCUGAAGCUCA